AUGAGGAGAGCCUCCUUCAGAGGACCCAAGGCCAACGCCAGAGCUACUGAAGAGCAAGUGUAUGGAGUCCUAUACUUCCAUUUUGAAAUCAGGGGGAGAUCUUCUGUAGUUCAGAUUGUGCUGAGCGAGUCGCGGUGUGGCAACAGGGUCCAGCCGCUUGAGGAGCUGCCUCAGGUGUCUGGGCGGCGGCAGGUGCUCAGGCGCACCCGGCACAUGCUGAGAACCGUCACAGAAAAUGCUGAAACAUCCGGCUCUGACCGGCCUGCGCUCAUGAAUAUGGCCAACAGCAUCCUGCAGACCCACAGCAGCCUGUUCCAACCCCAGAUAAAGGCAGAAACGGUGCUUGGGGCGUUGCGGAACGAUUUUUUGAAGGAAACCCUUGUUUCCCCGGAAAUGUACAAGCAGGGGGCGCGGCAGUGGGGGGACCCCAGCCGGCUGCAGCAGUUCUUCAGGAAGCUGCUCCGAGGGGAGCUGGUCAAAGUGGUGGCUGUGGGCGGGAGUGUCACCGCAGGAAUGGGCGCUCGCUACGGGAACGAGUCCUACAUCCAGCGGAUACACACGUGGCUGCAAAAUCUGGGAACUGAAGAUCGCCCAGUGCAGAUUGAGUUCACAAAUUCGGCCGUGUCAGCGACAACCAGCUCUUACACAUCUCAGUGCGUGGGGGACUUCGUGCCGGAGGAUGCGGAUUUGGUGUUGGUGGAGUUCUCUGUGAAUGACUGGGAGACGGUGGACCCUGCCACCUUCACCUGGAUGGACAACAGCCUCAGGCAAGCUCUCUAA